AUGGUGCAUCGGCCAGUCUGGCCGGCAUUUCGCACUCAUAGUGCAGACAUUGUCGUGGACGUGGACGUGGACAUGGACUUAGACGUGGACGUGGACGUGGACGUGGUCGUGGACGUGGACGUGGACGUGGACGUGGACGUGGACGUGGACGUGGAGAUGGACGUGGACGUGGACAUGGACGUGGACGUGGACGUGGACGUGGACGUGGUCGUGGACGUGGACGUGGACGUGGACGUGGACGUGGACGUGGACAUGGACGUGGACGUGGACAUGGACGUGGACAUGGACGUGGACGUGGACGUGGACGUGGACGUGGACAUGGACGUGGACGUGGACAUGGACGUGGACGUGGACAUGGACGUGGACGUGGACGUGGACGUGGACGUGGACGUGGACGUGGACGUGGACAUGGACGUGGACGUGGACAUGGACGUGGACGUGGCAUGGACAUGGACGUGGACAUGGACGUGGACGUGGACAUGGACGUGGACGUGGACGUGGACAUGGUCGUGGACGUGGGCGUGGACAUGGACGUGGACAUGGACGUGGACGUGGACGUGGAGAUGGACGUGGACAUGGACGCGGAGGACUUGGACAUGGAGAUAG